AAGAAUCAUAUCUUUGAAGGAUCCAGACUGGCUCGAGGACGCUUGAAGUAGUGCAGUGAGCUUGGAAAUGUACCGCUUUGGGAGUGCAACUCUCCUUUUUUUGCUUGGCAUCUCUCAGACAGAUGCUUAUUCAAGUUUCUUCGGAGUUCUGAACGCAGGUGGAAAGAAAUGUGGGGCUAUUUCCAGCAUUCCCUCAAGAUUUCCCUUGCGUUCUGCAGCCAAGAUUCAGAACAGAUGGACCUCCUCAACACAGAUGCAGUCGAAUGUUGCUGGAAGUGAAACAGGGGAAGUUUUGUCUUUCAUCACAAGACCAAGGACUACCAAUGCGAAUUGGGGAGUAUUUUUCGAGAUCGCCACCAAGGACAGUCCUGUGUGGAUCACAGGUCUCCAUGCAGGCGGUCACUCCUUCGCUUCCUUCGACGACCUAACACGCCUGGACAUCGGGGUCUACACCAAACAGGGAACUUGCGUUGGCUCGGAGACAGACAAAGCUCCUUGGAAAAGGAUUGCGGAGCACAAAGAUUUUACCUUGCCCAGAGUGGAAGUUGGUGAUAGCCGAGCCCAGUACACAAAGAUUCCUCUCAACUCUGUGGUUCAUAUCCCAGCAAACACUGUACAGGGAUUCUGCUUGCACACGAAUAAGAAGACUGGAUUGGCUGUAAGGAGAAAGUUAAAUGUUGACACUGAGGACUCGAAAGGGGAUCCAUAUUUCGGCGAGUGGAUCGAUGGUGUCACUGAUGAGAACGAUCACUUCAAGAUGAUUGCUGGUCUGUGCCCCGGUGAGAAGCUGUUCGAGGACGUUUCU